AUGGUUGAACCGUACAAUUCGAUACUCAUGACACAUACCACGUUGGAACAUUCCGAUUGUUCGUUCAUGGCCGACAACGAGGCCAUCUAUGAUAUCUGUCGAAGAAAGCUUGAUCUAGCCAGAGGUGAUGUCGUCCCAAAGGACAUCAACUCGGCCAUUUCAGCAGUGAAAUCAAAACGAACCGUGCAGUUUGUCGAGUGGUAUGUUCCUACUCAUUGUCGAAAGAUCAAAGAAUCAUCAGAUCAAAAAAAUUCAUACUAA